AUGCCGGAACCCUCAAAACCGAAACUCUUUAAAAAACCACGCCCACCAUCCCCACAAAACCACAAUAUAUUCGACUCCUGGAACUCCUCCUCAACCGGCCACCAGCGCUCAGAAUCCCGUGACAAUGCCGGCACAUGGAGGGAUAUCCGCUCCGACAAACUAGCCCGCCAAUUCCGAGACGGACACUGCGAUGACUCCUCCGGGCCGCCAAUGGCCUUUGACGGGACGUGCGGAUCUUCACCAGAGACAAAGAAAGGAGAGUGGAAAUGGGUAUCCGACGCGGAAGCGAAGCGCGAAAAGCUAGGCGUGCAGGACAUUCGCAGUUUCAUGGGCGUUGGCAAGCGCAAAGCACCCGAGAUCGGAAACGGAAAGGCAGAGAAGGAGAAGGAGAAGGAGAAGAGGGUGAAGGUUGAUGCCGACAAGGAAGCUUUUACAUCUGCAGCUGCGUCUACUGCACCCUCGACAUCUUCCCUGGACACCGGGACCGCCGAACCAACAAAUCUACUCGAGAAAUCAACACUCUUCGCGGGAAUAACGGUCUAUAUUAACGGCUCCACCCUCCCCCAGAUCUCAGACUACAAACUCAAACGCCUCCUUGUCUCUCACGGCGCGAAGGUUUCCAUCGCUAUGGCGCGCAAGUCUGUUUCGCACGUUAUUAUCGGUCAGCCGGGCACGACGGCGUCCGGUGCUGGAGGUGGUCUUGCGGCGAGGAAGUUGCAGCAGGAGAUUGAGAGGGGUGGGUGGAAGGGUGUUAGGGUUGUCGGUGUUGAUUGGGCGAUUGAGAGUAUCAAAGCUGGUAAGCGGCUCGCGGAGUCGAGGUUUGCUCCGUUGAGUAUUGCGCCCAAGGGACAAAGGAGUGUUGUGGGGAUGUUUUCGCGGUAG